CUAAAGUGCCUGCCCAAGAAAUAAAUAGUGGAGAGCUGAGGUCUCAACUGCAGAAAGUACCUGAUCUCCAUCUUGUACCAAAGACCAACCCACAAGGGCUUCCUCAACAUGAAGCUGGUCCUGGUCUUCCUGCUGGCCGCCAUCCCCAUUUGCUGCUAUGCCGGCGCCGACAGUUCUAACUGCCUUGCAAUGGAUGACGUCAUUGCACAGCUUAUUAACUCAUCAGUGCCUGUGGAUGAUUUUCAGGGAGUGAUUAAGUCAUAUGCACGUCUUCCUUAUGAUGAAAAUGCUGUGAGCAAAUUGAAACAAUGUUUCCUAGACCAGCCUGAGGAGACUCUGGUCAAUGUUAACGUGAUGGUGGAUGCUGUAUACAACAGUAAAGACUGUCCAUAGUCUGCCUAAAAGUUCCACAAGACCUCUGGUUCACAAAAAUGAAGAGAAUGAUCAUGAGCCAGCAGCUGAUACCACAAUCAUAACUUUUCCUUCUUGAUUUUAUCUUUCUGCCUAUAAAGUGCAAGACUAUUGUUGGAAUCUCAAAGGCAUUUCUUUCUACUCAUUAAAUUAAUUGCAAAUAU